CAUAUAGGGCAAGUCCUGCCUGGUGUGUUUACUCUGCUCCUUCUACCCGGAGCUGUGAAGGCGUUUCGGGGGAGCAACAGGCGGACCGAAGAAAGUCCACGGAGCCUGGAUAUUAACCCGUUGUCAAGGCUUUGGUUAGCCUAAUUAAUGAGAGAAGGGAGUGUAUAAUCCGUCUCUAAAUGGAGCUACUUCGGUUUUCCGCUUUUUGGUGUGGAGCGAUACUCUUUGGUAGUAUUCAGCUCGAGGAGGCGGAAGCCUCUAUAAUGAAGCCACGAAGGCUGUGCAAGUUCUGUGAUGUGCAGGCCACCAGCUGCACAGGUAGAGGGAUCUGCAAGGUGGAGUGUGACAUCACGUCCAUCUGCCCCAAUGACGAUGAUGUGUGUGUCACUAUCUGGAGGAAGAAAGAUGACAAUUUCACCUUUGAUACAGUUUGCCACAACCGAUAUGAGAAGCUGUAUGACCUGUCCCUGGAGGAUUACAACAACACCAAGUGUGAGAUGAAAGAAAGAAAGGGCAUGGGCUCACAGUUCUUUAUCUGUUCCUGCUCUGAGGAUGAGUGCAAUGAGCGUAUCUUCUUUAACUCCUUACUCUGGAAGAACGAGAAGGAAAUUUUCUCAGACGCAGACUUGAGACAUGAAAAUGUGCUUCACUUCUUGACAGCAGAGGAUAGGAAGGUGCAGAGACAGUGCUGGCUGAUCACAGCCUACCAUCCAAGAGGAAACCUCCAAGAGUUCUUGAUCCACCACAUCAUCAGCUGGCACGACCUGUGGCUGCUGGGGGGUUCGCUAGCAUGUGGAGUGGCGCACCUUCACAGUGACCACACCCCCUGCGGUCGCUACAAGGUGCCUAUCGCGCACAGGGACAUUAAGAGCUCCAACAUACUCGUGAAAAGCGACUUGACCUGCUGCCUGUGUGACUUUGGCCUCGCCCUCCGCCUGGACAACGCUCUGUCUGUGGACGAGCUGGCCAACAGUGGGCAGGUGGGUACAGCCAGGUACAUGGCCCCGGAGGUCUUGGAGUCUAGAAUCAACCUAGAAAACAUUGAGUCUUUCAAACAGGCCGAUGUUUACUCCAUGGCCCUUGUACUGUGGGAGAUGAUCUCCAGGUGUAAUGCAAUUGGAGAGGUCAAAGAGUACGAGCCACCCUUUGGGAACCUGAGAGAACACCCGUGUGUAGAGAGCAUGAAGGACAGCGUUCUCCGAGACAAAGGAAGACCUGAGAUCCUCGACAGCUGGAUCAACCACCCAGGCAUCCAGAUGGUGUGCGCCUCCAUAGACGAGUGCUGGGACCAUGACCCGGAGGCCCGUCUGACAGCCCAGUGUGUCGCCGAGCGCUUCGACGACAUGGAGUACCUGAACAAGCUGUCUGAUCGCUCUGACUCAGAGGAGAAGAUCCCUGAUGAAAUCUUAAUGGUGGAUGAGAAGUAGAGCUCAACAGAAACAGUGCCCCCACCAGGGCAGCAGAGAAAGUACAACCAAGCAGCUGGGAGAGAAAGAAAUUCCAGUGGAUGCAGUGUUUGCUAUGGGUUUGUCAGAAAUGUGUGACAGAGUAGCAAACUGGAAAAUCAUGUAGAUGAACUGAUACCAGAGAUGGACUUCCAUGUACAGAUCAGGACCAAGCAUAAAUUUCAACACCAGGGACCGACUUCUACAUGCCUCAAAGACUGAAUCAAGUCACAUACAAACAGGGAAAUUACAUGAUAAAGCUUUUUUAACCAAAUACUAUUUGCACUUUAUCAAUAUCUAUGCACACCAAAUGUUAUAUAUUCAGUCUGUCUUUUUUUGUUCUGGCAAUACACGUCAGGUAUAGGAAAUAAAGGGACAGCAUGUAUGUAGAAAAGAGGGUAAAAGGGAGCAAUGUAAUAUAUUAAGACAGUUAAUAACACUACUAUCCCCCUUAUAGUUGAUUUGACUGCAUACCUAAACUUUUUCCUAUGUGGCAUGGUGGCCUUGGAUAUAAUUCUGCAGGACUGGAUUCAGGGUGCAAGUAUAAUUUCUUGUGCAAGAAAUGAAAAAAAAAAAUAAAACACAACAAAGAAAUAGAAAACCCAUCCAAUGCAAUAAUCCACAGGGAAAGUUGAUAACCAUAUGUCAAGGACUAUGAAUCGUAAAAUAAAGACAGCAAAUUCAGCCUGAAAGGUAGAUGUAUAUGCUAUAACAGCUGAACUAUACAUGUUGUUACAUAAAAGGGAAUUCUGAUCUAGCAGUCAGAAAAGAUCUAUAUCAAAGUAAUUUUUGUCUAAAAGCCAUAAUUAAAAUUGUUACAGGUCUCAAUGUGUCAAUCUUUGUGUUUUUAUAGCUAUCAUAUUGCUUUAUACUUAGAACUUUGGUGACAAUUAUGAUUAUUCCUCUAAGGAUGUCAUAUGAGAUGAUUGGCACCAUCAAUUCUAUACUUAACUGUCAUGUAAUAUUUGAUAUCUCUAACAUUGAAUCAAAUGACUCCCUGUUAAUGUUGCUAAUAGGGUAGUCAUUGUGAUACGUUACAAAAGUACACCUUAUGCACUGAAAAUAUGCUUUUAGUAUGGAGCGAUAUAAGCUAAUUUAUUACCGGAGACCUCGGCUUCUGCAGGAAGACAAGCUCACUAAAGUCAUGGCCUUGAUGAUAUCCCAUCAGUUGCUCUCAGGCUUGGAACAAGAAGUUGAUGUCCCAGUCCUGGCACACCGUGUGACACAACUUAAAUCAUAUCGGUGCAAGCCAUGCAUGCAUGCAUGCCUCAUUCUGGCAUUUAAACCUGCAUAUUCCAUCAUGCACACUAUAUAAACAAGACAUUUGCAAGCUCAUGGUGGCAAUUCUCUAUUGAUUGAUAGACCGGGCCUAAUGUUUUUACAUUGUUUGCGCGUGUGUUUGUGCUAGAUGGGGUUUAGCAGGUCCACACAGUGUUUGGCAUUGAGUGUGUCUACAGUGUAUUUUGCCGAUAGACCUUUUAUCCUGAGCCCACAGCUGACUCAGACUGGAAUAUGUGUCUGUCUGUCUGUCUGUGGCUCUCUGCCUACCUGUCUAUGCCACUGUUUGCCUGUGUCUCUCAGCCUGUCUGUCUGAAUCUUGCAGGCAGCUGCUUUUAAUUCAUCCACUGGCUCCCAGAAUCUAUCUUGCAAUGCUGUUAAAAAUGAAAAGCUCCUGUAUGUAGUAUAUAUGUGUAUGUGGUCAUGUCAGCGUGUCUGUGUUACAUGUGAUUUAACUCUCUUUUGUCAAGCCAGAUGCUAUGUGAUCAUGUAUCCCUACAUAACUCAUUCUGUUAUGUCAGAAACUGCCUUUCUUAUAUUUAAAACAUAUUAGCCUAGGCUGCAGUUGUGAAGCAGCACCACUGAAAAUACAUGAACUGCUGAACAAAUGCACUUGGGAACAGUAUGAAAAGUGAUUUAUCAGCUACAGUGGGCUGAUUGUUGCCUCAUAGGGUGGUUUCCAUUGCCCUUCCUACAGUUUACAUGCUCUAUUUACAUAAACUAUGCUACAGGCACACUCGGUGUGGGCUGCACUACGGAUAAAUUGGACCGCUGCUGGAUAUACAUACUGAUGAUGAAUGAUUUAUUAUUUCACAGUAACAAAAGUAACAUUUCUCUUCAUUUUUCACAAUCAAAUAUGAUGCCAGUUACCCUGCAGCAAAGGCAUCAAGUUCUCAGAAGGGAGAUACAUAUUGAAGAAAGUGAAUGCCUCUAAAUGCCUCCUGAACAUAUGUUAGUGUCAGUAAGAGAAUAACGCCACAGUGUGGAUCCUCUAGAAAAGGUCUCCACAGUCAGGACCAGUGUGGAACAAUGAAGUCAACAAUAAUUAUUUUAUGUUUAAUCCUGUUAUGCCAGCUUGUAUUGUCACACAUUGCAAAUUAAUUCACUCAAUUUUAGAUUCAGCAAUUGAGGUCAUAAUAAGGUGAACAAAUAAAUGACAUGUUGUGUCUUUCA